AUAAUAUGGUUGGGGGUCAAUACUCAACAACCAAUGAAAUUUCGAGUAAAUUGCAUGACCUUGAACCGGCUAAUUGGCAGUAAUGGCUUUGCUGAGACUCUCUUCCCCAUUCAAGCAGGUGACAAAUUUUGCCUUACGGCACUACUCGUCUGGAGCUCCUGCAACAACGAAGUUGUUCAUUGAUGGCAAGUUUGUAGAAUCAAAGACAGACAAAUGGAUUGAUCUGCAUAACCCUGCAACCAAUGAAGUGAUAACACGGGUACCAGAAGCCACUCAGGCUGAGAUGCAGGCUGCCGUGGACUCGUGUAAGACAGCGUUCAAGACAUGGUCAGAUUCUACAGUUCUUACCAGGCAGCAGUGUAUGUUCAGGUUCCAACAGCUGAUCAAGGAUAAUCUGCAAGAGAUUGCCAAGUUGAUCACACUGGAACAGGGCAAGACUCUAGUCGAUGCCGAGGGUGACGUAAUGAGAGGAUUACAGGUUGUGGAGCAUUGUUGUAGUAUUACAUCCCUGCAGCUUGGUGAGACCAUGUCAGGCAUUGCCAAGGGUAUGGACACGUACACAAUAAGGCUUCCUCUAGGGGUCACAGCCGGAAUCACUCCAUUCAACUUCCCAGCCAUGAUCCCACUCUGGAUGUUUCCAAUGGCGCUUAUUACCGGGAACACCCAUGUUCUGAAGCCCUCUGAGCGUGAUCCCGGAGCCACAAUGUUCAUGAUGCAGCUGGCCCAGGAUGCUGGCUUUCCAGACGGAACUGUGAAUGUUAUACAUGGAGCGCAUGCAGCUGUAAACUUUAUCUGUGAUAAUCCAGAAAUUAAAGCUAUAUCCUUUGUUGGAUCUGACCAGGCUGGAAAGUACAUCUAUGAAAGAGGAUCCAAAAAUGGAAAGAGAGUGCAAUCAAAUAUGGGUGCUAAGAACCAUGGAGUUAUUAUGCCAGAUGCUAACAAAGAGAACACUCUUAACCAGUUGGUAGGUGCAGCAUUUGGUGCGGCAGGACAGAGAUGUAUGGCGUUGUCUACAGCGGUGUUUGUAGGAGAAGCUAAGGAAUGGAUUCCAGAACUCGUAGAAAAGUCUAGGAAGCUGAAGGUUAAUGCAGGUCAUGAGCCAGAUGCAGAUUUAGGUCCCCUGAUUUCCCCCCAGGCCAAACAGCGUGUGUGUGAGCUUGUACAGUCUGGUGUGGACCAGGGAGCUGAGUUACUUCUGGACGGCAGAAAUAUUAAGGUGCCUGGUUAUGAAAAUGGAAACUUUGUGGGACCGACUAUCUUACACAAAGUCAAUCCUGAUAUGAAGUGCUAUGAGGAGGAGAUAUUUGGUCCAGUAUUGGUCAGUAUGGAAGUAGACACAAUGGACGAGGCCAUAGAUAUCAUUAACAAGAACAGAUACGGUAAUGGUACAGCUAUCUUCACAACGAAUGGUGCAACAGCGAGAAAAUAUACCAUGGACAUUGAUGUUGGCCAGGUUGGUGUUAAUGUGCCUAUCCCAGUACCAUUGCCUAUGUUCUCAUUCACCGGAUCUCGAGGCUCCUUCAUGGGAGAUACAAACUUCUAUGGUAAACAGGGGAUCAACUUCUACACUCAACUGAAGACUGUCACACAGAUGUGGAGAGACGAGGAUGCCACGGUUACCAAGCCAGCUGUUGCCAUGCCAGUGAUGAAAUAAACUGAACAAAUAGUGAACAGACAUUUAUCCAGGACUGUGAUAACUUUACAUUAUCACAUAUAUAACUGAUACUUUGUGCUCUCAGUCACUGAUAUUAUUCGCACUAAAACGAAGACACAUCUCCUUUUUGAGCAUGGGUUUGUUUUUUUCAUCAAAAUUACAAUUUUGGGUGUAGAAAAAAAUUAGACAGAAAGCUUUAUUUGGUAACACUCUGUUCCAUUGAAUAGUAUAAAUUUGAUUUUUUUAUGUCACUGAAGAAAGUUUGAUGACAGCAGAAGUAAGGGCAUUACAUACAGUAAGUUAAACUAGUUUGGUUCUUAAAACACAUCACCUAAAAACAACCAUGUAAACAUGUGAUACAUAUAUAAUUGUUAAUGAAAUGCUCCACUAUCACAUUUUCUGCAGUGCUGAAGUGAAUUAGUGCUUUAAACUUUUUCAUUAUUUACACGAUACUGAUUCAUGUUUGUACAUAUACAUGUAUCAUAUAAUUGCAUUUUACAUGAACAUGAGCAGUGUGGUGCGCAUUUAGAUGUGUUUGUUUCUAAAUAUCAGUAUCAGGAUAUUCAUUAAAAAGCACUGUCUACUGGAAUUCUGCCUAUAAAUUAAUAUGAGUACAUUGCCUCAACUGUAUCUUACUGAAGGUUCUUCCCUCACGUUGUGAAAAUCAGGGAAUGGGCAGUAAAAUAAUAAUACGUAUGUGUUUUGUGUUAAUAUGCUAGAUUGUUAUGUGUGUUACAAUCAUUUUUGAAAAAAAUAUAUGUUUGAUUAUCAUGAAUGCAUAGACCUAUAAUCCAUGAAAUAAAACUGAAAAGAAAUA